AUGUCUUUGGGUGUCCGCUUCACAACUAUACCCGAUCCCUCGGAGGUCGGCGAAAUCUGGAAGGAUCUUGAAGAGCUUAUCGGCUCACUCAAGUCUCGGCUCGAGCGUCGAGAAGAAGAGUAUUCUGAGCUCGCUAUAGACGUGGUCAAUCGUCUAGAGUCGGGUAUCCAAGGCGAAGAACGUCAGGCUCAACUUUGCAAACUUCGUGAGUCUUGGGGGCACAUCCAGACACUGGAGCGUGAGCUACGCUUUUACCUGAAACAGCUGAGGAGACUAGCUGAGAGCUCCAUGUCAAGAAUUGCCGAGCAGCUUGGGACUCUGAAUGUUGAUUCGAUGGCGAGGGCUAUCCAGGCAAGUGAGAUGAGUAGUGCAUGCUAUGAGAAGCCUGUCGAGCCGUUGUUUGAGACAGUCACUGAGUCGCCUCUUGAGUAUAUAUCAGACUCUUGGAAAUGCCAAGAGUCGGAGGAGUUCAAAGGAUGA